AUGGCCCUGCUUGAUGUCAAGCACCGCCAGGCGAGGCGCGUGUGCAGCACGUGGCAUGCCGAGUGGUGGGCGACGGAUACGCGGCUCUGCCUUGCCUCCACAAGAGGGAUGGGCGCUGGUGCUGGUGCUGACGGGAUGCGCGUCAUCGUCAACAUGCACGCAAUUCUCGACCCGAGCUCCGACUGCCAGCCGCUCACCCUGCACUGCAGUCACCAACCUUCGUGGCGCCUCGCAGCGGGCAACGGCCGCAUCUUCAGCUGUGGCGGUGACAUUCGAUCGUAUCGGGUGACGGACUACUCCAUGAGGAUGGAGGAAAGAGAGUGGAUCGUCGCGCUGGACCCGGGCACGCUCGAGACGCGCUUGACGUUUGGCGACUUUCAGAGUGGUGCUCUGCAUGGGAUGGCUGUCGUUGGCAAGGAGCUGUAUGUCGGCCACGAGCCGGACUGCAGCAUACGCGUCUUUUCCUUCACCGGCGAGCCGCUGCGCCAGAUCACGGGUGCGUUUCGAGUGCCGCACGUGCUCCGCUACUUCAUGCGGCGCCUGUACCUGCUCGAGUACAACGACGAGCUUCCACAUCUCGAUGAGAACGGUCAGGUCGACGAGAGCGAGGAGGUGACCGCAGAGCGGUAUCUGGCAGGGACGCGCGUCUUUGUGCUGACACCAGAGGGCGAUCAGCUGCAGGUGUAUGACUUACGACCACAGCUGCAGCGCCCAGGCGAAUUCGUGUUUGCGAUGAAUGUUUUCGGCGGGCAGCUUCUCAUCGCCACAAGCAGCCGCAGCUUGGACAAUGUCAACAGCACCGUUGACUCGAUGUUUGCACUGAGUGGCGUGUGA